GUUUCUUGUUUGCCGUGCAGGCGGUGAUCUGCGGCAUCUAUCACUACUGCGAUCAACAUCGGGUGGGAACCUCACUGGAGGGUCCAGUAUGCAGCGAUGCCACCUAUCGAGUGACCCACAUCUCGGAUCAUGGAAUGGCCUACUUCGUCAUGUUGCAGAUGGGCCUCCUGAUCUUGGGACCGGAGGAUCCAACCCUGCAGCGUAUUAUACCCAACUGCUGCGGCACGUCCACAGAUGUGGCUGGACUGCCUUUGCAUGUCGUGGCUCUGACCCGUGCGCUUCCCAGCCUCCUUGUGGCGUUCCUGCUCAUCUCCACUGCAAGGGGAGAUCAUUCGAUAG